AUGGCGAACUAUCUCGAAUACAAAAAGGAUACCAAUACCUACAUUACCUGGCUUUGUGGCACUGCAUCAAGCAUUGGAUUUACGCCGCCCUACAAGUCAUCCUCGGGAUCCACGGCGUCGCAAUCACGGUCCCAAAAGAAGAAGUCAGAAGAGCGAGAAGUCAGCAUCAGCGGACUCGUUGCAUGUGCAGAGGCAAUCAUCAAGAAACCACCAAAGCAGUUCGUCGUCCCAGUUUAUGCCGCUCAGUGUGCGGCACGGGCUAUCCGACAACGAAAGAAGUCGUCGCAAUGGCAUGAAAGUCAAGUCGAUGGGUUGGAUGGGACUGAGAGGGUGGCGAAAGAGGAAGGUAUUGCUGGUCAUGCUUUCUUCACGGAGACACUGGAGCAAACACUGAAUAUCUUACGACCGUUUAUACCGAAAACGCGACAUUCCGUUAGUGCUGAUGGCAAGACUAUCCGGCAUGAUUCUAUGGAAGACAUUACCAAUCGAUUUACCAAGCUUGAAAUCGAGGAAUUGGCGGAUGAGGAAGUCGAGAGCGCUAUCCCUGUGGCAACGGAGAAGACCUCGCCAAACCCACGGAUUACUUAUGUUGUUGAUAACAGCAAAGAUGAGGGCAACGCCGCUAUGGACUUCCUUAUGUACGAUUACACUCGCAUAAAGGAGCUUAUUCACUUGACUUGGCAAAGUUACCUCAUAAUCAGAAAUCUGGACCUCAUCACGGCAGCGGCUACUACCCAGGCCGCUUUCCAAAUGCUUCGAAGUCUUGUGGACAGUUUCACGGCUCAUUUUCCGCAACUCGGCUCGAUGGAGGCAAUUUGUUUGAACUAUCUUCAUCGAGUCAAAGCCUACAUGCGCUCUACUGCUAAUAAAACCGCAUCGAACACUAGCAGGGUGUACUUUCAAGUUCCUAGGAACCUCGCGGAUUUCAGUUGCUUAGGGACCUUCGCCGACACCUGGGUCGUGGUGGACUCUUUCUUCCAUGAAAACGAUGGUUUCGGACGAUACCGAUCAAUGGAAGACAUGGUUGCAAACGGGUAUUUCAAGGAUCAGAAGCGGGGUGGCCCUCUUUUAGAGUCGCUGUUCAACGCGCUCGAAGAUAUCGCGAUCAUCCAAGAAGUAAGCAAAACGGAUACUUGGCAGGAUCCACCCAUCAUGGACAACUUCACCCAACUCUGGCGCGAUUACUUCCGAGACCUAUACGCACAUACUCGUGGGAAGAGUAAAAAGUCGAAUGGCAAGGCUCCCGACUUGAGUGUGGAGAUAAUCCUCUGCACAGAUAUCUAUCUGGACGUACAGAAGAUCAUCACACUGGCUGAUUCGAACAUCAUACCACAUGAUUACCGGAAGAACUGGUCAAGCAAAAACUACGGCGCAAGUUCAGACGAAAGUAAUGCCGGUCAGGUAUUGAAUCAGGUAAAGGAGUGGCCGUUCACUUCGAAGCGUGUCCGUCAAGGACUCAAGUCUUUCCUGCGAAAAGAUUCGGAGACGGUAAGAAUUGUAAAAGACUGGCUAGUAGGCGACAUGUUCUGGACUCGACGUGCCACCAUCAAGAUGAUUACGACUCGUGGGAGGUUUCCUGCCGAUAAAGAGGUGGUCAAUGGUGUCUCCCUUGGAAGCUGGCCACGCCACAACCCUUUUCUUGCUGGCAUGAUUGCUUUUGUUACUGCACAAGCCGUCAAUGAGGUCUACAUGGUAUUGCAUAGCCACGUUGGCUAUCCGGUAGCAUACGCACACCUCUACAACUACCUCCGACAAGCCCACAGUGUGUCUUCUUCAAGCCUGCACACGCCCGUACUCGAAACAGAGUGGCCCGAUAUGGAGAGUUUCCUGAAAGUCAUUGGAGACAAAAGCAUAUUCGGUGGAGAUCGACCCAAAUCUCUACAGCAAUGUUACCUACGUACGUUACUGUCACAUGGUAUUCCCCUUUCUGCAUUCGCCCGAGGGAACCGACCCGGCAAACUUCAUUAUAACACUCAACCGAAGCUCAAGGCUGUCAACACCCCCAUUAUCGACGCACUCUUCAAAGAUGGAACAAAUCGACGGGACUUCUUGAACAUUGUCAACAAGGACCUCCAAGACCUCAUUCGACGCGAAGCGCUUCGUAUUGUCGGCCACGACCCCGAAGACCGUAAGGCUUUUGGAAUACAUACUCUGGUUGGAUAUCUGAUGAUCUUUCGUCGUACUAUUCAAUACGAGAUUCCCAAAUUGCACUUCAACCACAUCUUGCUCUUCAAGCAGACGGCGCGUAUCAGCGCCAGGAUACACGAAGCGCUGAAAGACGAUAUGGAGAACCAGGAGUUCCCUUUCCUAGGUACUCGAGGAUGGAAUGGGGACCCAACCGUCCCACUCAACAUCAUGUUCCACGAGAAGUGCCACCAGGAGCUAACCACUGGCAUCGAUACUGAUGCGACGAAAGUCUUCUCAGCGCCAGUACAUAAGGCCGCUAGCAUUCUGAAAGAAGAACUAGAGAAAGAGCCUAAUAUGUGUACAAAGUUUAUGGAGAGACUGGCAAAUCAACUCCACUUCACAAACCCCCUCUCUGAGGCAGAACGGGAACAUCACGCCAACAAUUGGGCAAUAUGGGUCAACGCCGACGACAGAGUCAUACAAGCCGCUCUAAAUAAGGUCCUCACCCAAAAGGGCUCAAGAUUGCUAGAAGUCCCACCCUCAUUCCGCGAAUUGUGCACCCCUGCAUCUUUACCAGAAGGACCUUUUUCCUCUUCCACCGCGGAAGACCACAAAAGAAUCAGUCGCCACGCCAAGCAGGCAGGCAUAACAGAAGAGAACAACGCAGAAUUCGAAAGAGUGACCACACUAAUUUACCAAGCCAUGGCGCCUACUUACGCGGAGAAGAAUCGUAUUCCAGGCCGGCCUGUAUUUGAGGGAAAGAGCUCAGAAGAGAGGGCUGAGAUAAUACGCCAAGGGCUUGUUGACUUGAAGAAGCUUGAGAAGUUCAACAUGAUACCCGAGGAUUGUUUCAAGGGCAUGGUUAGGAAUAUUGAGGCUUUCCUGGGGCACUUGGAGCGAGGAGAGUACGAGAUUGUUGAAUCGAGAUUAUCAUCAGCCUGA